AUGUAAUAUGAUAUUGUAGGUGCUGUAAAAAUUAUUGACGGUCUCUAUUUAGGUGAUGAAUAUGCCGCUUAAGAUUUAGAAUUUAUAAUUACAAAUAAAGUUACAUAAAUUAUAAAUUGUUCUUCUAAGCAAGUUCCUAAUCAUUGGCAAAAUUACGACGUUACUUACCUAUCAUAUGAUUUUUAAGAUACAGAUACAUAAGUUAUUUUUGAUGAUAAAGAUUAAAUAUUAAAUAUAACAUUUAAUUUAAUAGUAAAAACAUUAGAACAUGCUGAAAGUAUACUUGUUCACUCUGUAAAAGGAUAAAAUCGUUCUGUAUGUAUAAUUGCUGCAAAAUAGGUUUAAAAAAUAAGGAAAUGCGCCAAGAAGUUCUAAUUGGAAUGA